AUGUUUUUAACUAUUAUAGGAAAUAAUGAGUGCUACGUCGUUAUUAAGAGAAGAUUUCAACAUUCUUUGCAAAUGGUGCACAAGCAUUUUCAUGAGGUUCUUGAGGCAACGAUGAAAUUUGCAAAAGAGAUGAUUGCACCGACAACAUUUGAUUCGAAUAUGAAUAUUCCUAGUGCUCAUAAUAAGAGAGGAAGAAGAAAAGGUAAAUGCUAUCAAAAUGUUCUGGAAAUAUGUGACUUUAAUAUGGUCUUCACUUAUGUUUAUGCUGGAUAUGAAGGGGUAGCACAUGAUGCACGAGUUCUAACAGAAGUUGUAUCUAAUCUAAAUAAUGGCUUUCUAUUUCCUCCAUUCAGAGAUUAUCGUCAUAGGCGUAUCAUAACUAAGGAGGAAAAGUUUAAUCAUGCUUAUGCACAACUUAUAAAUGUUAUUGAGCAUUCGUAUGGAGUACUGAAAGCAAGAUUUCCUAUAUUGGACAAGAUGGCUCCAUAUCCUAUCAAUAUCCAAAGAGAUGUUGUUAUUGCAUAUUUUGCAGUUAAUAAUCUUAUUAGAAAUGAACGCAUCAAUAAUGAAUUGUUUAAUCAAUUUGAUAUAUCUCAAGUAAUAUUUGAUGAAGAAGGACAACAAGAAGAAAUAUUUGAGGAAACAAAUGGACCUAGCUGGACUGUUAAAGAUUCUAAAAUAAUGCACAAUAUGCAGGAGGAACUUACACUCAAGCUAAUGCAUUGA